GUGGGGGCGGGAAUUGGUCAGAUCAGAGUCACAAGAUUAUGUGCGGGCGGAAAAAAAAAAAUACUGUUCUGUACUGCCCUCCUCCGGUCUAGACAGAACAAUUGAGUCUGCGCUUCAGGGAAAAAUGAGUGAAUCACUGGUUGUGUGUGACGUUGACGGAGACCUAGUGAAAAAGCUACGGGAAUUCCGCUUCCGGAAGGAGACUAACAAUGCUGCUAUCAUCAUGAAGAUUGACAAGGACAAGCAGCUUGUCAUCCUUGAUGAAGAACAUGAGGAUAUUUCUCCUGAUGAUCUGAAGGAUGAGCUGCCUGAAAGACAGCCCAGAUUUGUGGUGUACAGCUACAAGUACGAACAUGACGACGGGAGAGUUUCCUACCCACUCUGUUUCAUCUUCUCCAGUCCAGUGGGAUGUAAACCCGAGCAACAGAUGAUGUACGCCGGAAGCAAAAACAAACUGGUGCAAACUGUCCAGUUGACCAAGGUGUUUGAGAUCAGAAACACGGAGGACCUGACAGAGGAAUGGCUGAGAGAGAAGCUGGGCUUCUUCGGUUAAGACCAGGCCAUUUUGGUGAUCUAAUGGACUGAAGGGUUUAGAGGAGGAACGAGACACUUGGAAAGAAAACUACACCAUUCCUUACGUUUCCCUUUCCCCCAUUUCCCUCCUCCGAUGUACCUAUUCCCAUACAACCCCCAUCAACAUGUGCCAGUUUCCUGUGUCCUUAAUG